UCCGAUGAUUUAUUUAAUCAAACGCCUAUUGGGGUCCACUGACCGAGAGGAAAGAGGAAAAAUAAAAAGUAAAAAACCCUAGCAACAAAUCACCCAAGAAGAAGAAUAGUAGCGAAUCGUGUCUUCAGAUCCAACACACUUCUUUCGGGAAGUGAUUUAAAACAUUCUGCUUCCGAAACUUCUGAGCAAUCAUCGAGAGCCUUGCAGGGGUUACUGCAGACAGUUUUGCUUCAAAGAAAUGGAUCCUGGUCGCUAUGGCCUUCAGCAAGGAUGGGAUAAUAACAGCGCUCUGGAGGGGUAUGCUGCAGUCCAUGAACCAAACUUCCGGGCUGGUGGUUCUUAUGAUGAGAGGAGGUUUCUAGAUGAAAGAUACUCAAGGGAUAAUGUUUAUCCAAGAAAUGCCUUCCAAAGGGAUGACUAUCCGCUAGCACCUGCUGUUGGUAUUUGGCCUCAAUCAAGGAGAAGAAAUUAUGAAGAUGAGUAUCCCCUUGAAAGGGAAUCUAGACGACAUGAGAAACCAUAUGCUGAUUCAUACCAUGAUGUUGAUUCAUUUCAUGAUCAUGAGAUUGAUUCAUUUCAAGGAUUCAGUAAGUUUCGUGAUGGCUAUCGUGGUAUUGACAAUUACCGUGAUCAUGGAUUUGACAAGCCUCCUAGGUUGUGGGGCCGUGAUCGUGAUGGUUAUGAUGAUUAUGACUACCGAUCUCAUAAUUCCCAUGAGAACAGAGAGAAUAGUCGAGAGAGGGACUAUGAUUAUGGUCGUCACAGUUAUGAUUCUGAUUAUGAUAGAGGUAGCAGAAGGGAUGAUAACUGGAGGAGGUAUGAAUCUCGUGACCGAGAACGUGAUAAGAGAUGUUUAAGUCGAGAAAGAGAUCAAAGUCCACAUAGAAGACAUGAGCAGUCCCGAUCCCGGUCUCAGUCUAGAUCUAGGUCUCAUGGCCACGAUGAUCGUCCUAGAUCUAGAUCCCCUCAUGUUCGAAGCCAUGGUCGAAGUCAUCGAGCGGACAGCUAUGAUGAUGGCCGACAUGAGAGAACUGAAAAGCGAAGGGACCGUGAAGAUAGACGUCAGUGGGAGCACUAUUCGGUGGCCCCAUCUCCCACUGUUGUUGUGAAGGGUCUCUCUCAGAAGACAACUGAAGAAGAUUUAUACCAGUUCCUUGCUGAAUGGGGACCACUUCGUCAUGUCCGUGUGAUCAAAGAGCGAAAUUCUGGGAUUUCACGUGGAUUUGCAUUUAUUGAUUUUCCUUCAGUGGGAGCAGCACGAGCAAUGAUGGAUAGUAUUGGAGAGGAUGGUCUUGUUGUGGAUGGCAGGAAGCUUUUCUUUGAGUACAGUAGUAAGCCAACUGGGGGUUCAGGUGGACCUUUUGGUCAUGAAAACACUAUGAGAACGGGCCAUAGUAACCAUAAAAACAUCACAAUACCAUCUGAUUGGAUGUGCACCAUUUGUGGCUGUGUGAAUUUUGCUCGGCGAACAUCCUGCUUUCAGUGCAAUGAGGCUAGAACUGAUGAUGCUCCUGCAGCAGAUAUGACUUUAUCAAAUCUACCAUCUUCAGGAAAGAGGGGAUCAGAUGCAGGUCCCACUCAUGUUCUUGUUGUACGAGGAUUGGACGAAUAUGCUGAUGAGGAAAUGCUUCGCUAUGAAUUCUCAAAACAUGCUCCAAUUAAGGAUCUUCGCCUUGUCAGAGACAAAUUCACUCAUGUGUCAAGGGGAUUUGCAUUUGUGCAUUUCCAUUCGGUUGAGGAUGCUACCAAAGCUCUUGAAGCAACAAAUGGAACAACUCUUGAGAGGAAUGGGCAGAUAUUAAGAGUAGCUUAUGCAAGAAGCAUUCUUGGUCCUGGAUCAGGGACAUCUGGGUCUUCUCAGUUGAGUAGCCUUGCAGCUGCCGCAAUUGAGGCAGCAGCAUUUGCUCAGCAGUAUGAUGCUGUUGGAUGGGCACCAAAGGAAUAUAAUCCAGAUGACAAACAAUCUGCUGGGGGCCAUGAGCAGCAUGGGGAAGUGUCUGUCCAAAAAGAUGGAUCUGCUCCACAAUCUGGCUUUGUGUGGGAUGAAGCAUCUGGAUAUUACUAUGAUGCUACUUCAGGGUUCUACUAUGAUGGAAAUACAGGUCUUUAUUAUGAUGGUAAUACUGGAGUUUGGUAUUCUUAUGACCACCAGUUGCAGCAGUAUACCCCUUGUACUGAUCAAAAUGACAACAAAACAUUUGGUAAAGAAUCUGAGCCUCCUAAGGCAGUUGAUGGUGCCAAUAAUAGAAAAGUGAUUAUCUCUGCACCUGCUGCAACCAUCUCAGCAGUUGAGAAGCCUGCCUCAUUACCAGAUGCGGUUCAGGCUGCUGCAACAGCAGCACUAGCUGCUGAAAAGAAAGGGAAGGACAAAUCUAAAGAAAUAAAACUCGCUUCAAAGAGUGUUAUUCUUGCUAACAAGAAGAAAAUAAAUAAUGCUUCAAUGUGGAAGCAGUGGAGUCAUGACAAUCAGCAGACUGCUUCAGCUGAUGAUAAAUCAUUACCUGUUGGACAAUCCGCAAAGAGCAAGUUCAAGUCUGAUUCAGUGGCUACAAAGGAUAAUUCUACCCUUAUUUCAGGAGCUUCUUCUGUAGCAGCUGGGGGUUUGGAAUCUUCAGUCAAGCCAAAGCCUGUGAGUAACAGCUCAGGAGGCACUAUAAUGGGUGUUAUUAGAAACUCUGGAAAGGGCUUUAAUUCAGGAUCUUUUGGUGGUUUGUCCACAUCUUCAACUGCUACUUUAUCAUCUGCGGGACCUCCUUCAACAAGUUCUGAUAUGCACACAGUUGUGACUCCCUUUAGAACUGAUGCAUCAGCAUUGGGUUCUUAUACUCCACCUGUGGCAUCUGGCAGUGGCAAGAGAAGGUUUUCUGAAAUGCCUGCUUCUUCGCAGAAGGAGCCACCUCAGACUACUUAUAGAGAUCGUGCAGCUGAAAGGAGGAGCUUGUAUGGUUCAUCUUCUAUUGGAGAUGAUCUGCCUGAUGCUGGGUUUGGAGAUCCAAAUCGAGAUUUUGCACUCAAAAGGGGUUCUUCAGAUCCAAUGCCUUUCCCCCCUGGUGUUGGAGGUCGUGGUGUUAGUGCAGAGAAUGUACAAAGUUAUGAGGUGAUUACAGCUGACAAAGCAAUAGAUGAGAACAAUGUGGGAAAUCGAAUGCUCCGCAGCAUGGGUUGGCAUGAAGGCUUGGGAUUAGGCAAGGAUGGAAGCGGAAUGAUAGAACCUGUACAAGCACAGGCUAUGGACAAUAGAGCAGGACUGGGGAGUCAGCAAAAGAAGUUGGACCCGAGCCUUGAGGUGCAGGCAGGCGAUAGUUACAAAACUCUCAUCCAUAAGAAGGCACUUGCUAGGUUCCGGGAGAUGUCAUAGGGGUAGCAUUUGUAGCUGAUUUAGUGGCCGUGUAAGAAGAAUGUGAAUGGCGCUGAUACUUGAACGAAUUAUAGGUAAGGCUAGAGGUUUGGUUGAAUUGUGACUUUUGUGAACGGAUUUGUUAACUUUGAUUUUAUAGAAGCUUCGCUUCGGUCUGCAGAAUUUUAAAAGUUAUGCAAAGCAAAUAUGAACUUGCUAAUUGCUUAUCAUAA